AUGAAAAGCACGUCUCACAUAUCAGAAACCCAUUCAGAUAGGCCUUGGCAGAAGGUAAAAGGCGCCAAGCGCUAUAGAGACUCAUCCCUCCACUUUUUUUUUGUCCGACAGGAGGAGCCCUACGUGAUGUUCAAAAAGUCGGACAAGCCCCUGUACGGGAAUGACCGGUUUGAAGGCUACUGCAUAGACCUGGUCAGAGAGCUGGCCAACAUUCUGGGCUUCACGUAUGACGUCCGGCUGGUGGAGGAUGGAAAGUACGGUGCACAAGACGAGAACACCGGCCAGUGGAAUGGCAUGGUCAAAGAGCUAAUGGACCAUAGAGCUGAUCUGGCAGUGGCUCCUCUCGCCAUCACAUACGUGCGCGAGAAGGUUAUCGACUUUUCUAAGCCCUUCAUGACGCUGGGUAUAAGUAUACUGUACCGCAAGCCCAACGGGACCAACCCUGGGGUCUUCUCCUUCCUCAACCCCCUCUCACCUGAUAUCUGGAUGUAUAUUCUGCUGGCUUACUUGGGUGUCAGUUGUGUGCUGUUUGUCAUAGCC